CUCUGCCUCUGCCCUCUCCUCUCCCAAAUCCAACCGGCCGGGAUCUCGCCUCUCCACUCUCUCUCCACCCCUCACCACGCCGCCCGCCUCCCUCCAUUAUGUCAGGCGUGAGCGAAGCCGAAGGCGUCGUUGUCCUGCCUAGACCCUCUCCCGCGGCUCGCUCUCCCAGGAAACUACCAGCCAGUAUAGAGCGGCGAUGGAGGCGGAGGAGCUGCUGAGGAAGAUACGGGAGCUGGAGGAGGGGCAGGCCGAGCUCCUGCGGGAGGUGAGCAGGCUCGCGCCGGACCGCCGCCGCGGCCGGCCCCCUUCCCCCGCGUUCCCGCCGCGGCACCCCUCCCUGUCACGGCGUCGCGCCGUCGCGCUCCCGGACUCGUCGCCGCGGCCGCUCCGGGACAACCGCGCCAGGCUCUCCGACAGGCACUGCCACUGGAUCCUGCAGUCGCUGGGCCAUGCCGUGCACAUCAUCGCGCCCGACGGCAAGCUCCUCUACUGGGCAGCAGAGCUUGUUCUUUGCGCUGCCAGUGCCCGGACAGGUGCCAGCAUUUGGCACUCCUUGAUCGCCAUUCACUCAUUGCCCAUUGCAUCUGCCCACUGACAAUUAGUACUGGAUGGAGUACUACAUCACUGCUACGGCUCGUGUGUCUUCACCAGAGGCCAAUUAUGCAUGCAACUUAAAAGAUUCUUCCGGCCGUGAUGGUGCGGUGAGCGCCAUGAUUUGAUCGAAUCAUCAUCGAGUAAAGCCACGAAACAGUGGGCGGUGGUUGUGCGUGGGAUGCAUUCCUCCCCCUUGUAAAGCCACGAAACAGUGGGCGAGUAAAUUUGCAUCUAUUGUGCAGGACUUGUUUUUUCUCCCCCUUGUACACGCCGAUAACAAGUUCCUGACGCAGACACUACUUGAAACCCUUUUGCAUUGUGAAGUUUAACUUCAUCAGCUCCAGUUUCUUUGGGUAGCACAAUAUAGAUGUUUUUUGAAUAAUAAGUAGGUUCUCCAAUCUGAAUUAUAUGUAUCCUCUAUUGUAGGGAGGCUUGUCUACUCUAGUGAAAUCUUUGAGAUCAAGGUGCAUAGAAUUGAUCAUUGAAA